UUGCCCCGACACGUCGUCGGUUUUUGCUGAGUCGCAUUUUGUUUACGACCACAGAAACAUGUCAAAAAAAUGCAGCGUGCGCACGCUGAGCGACAGCGCUCUGGCCGAGCUGGCCAACCUGCUGGUGUCCACCAUCAGCUAUGUGCAGUACGCCCCCGAUGUCCAUCUAGACAUCAAUAUUGUGAUGGUCGAGCUGAAUGAGUAUCUGGCCCAGUCGGGUGCCACAUCGAACAUCUACCAGGAUCUGCUGCGGGUCAUACUCAGCUCGGACUAUCUAGACGCCAACAUGAGGUUCACCUGCCUGCAAAUGCUGCUCAAUUGCGGCGUCACCUUCCUUUUUACGGAGGUCUUUCCGUUCAGUUACUAUGAAAAGAUUCUUCAGGUUAUUGCUGCUCAGGGCGCUGGCCUGCGGGUCCUUAACAUCAAAGGCAUCUGGGUGAAGGAGGAGCACAUGCACUACAUGUACGACAUAGUGAGACGCUGCAAGCAGCUGGUGAAGCUGUAUGUCCCGUACAUAGCCAACGAUCAGUUGCUGGAGGAGAUUGGCAAAUGGUCAACACGCCUGCAAAUUCUGGACAUCUCCGGGGAGACGGACAUUACAGAGAUUGGCAUUGAUGUGCUGGCCAAAGGAGUCUGUUCGCAGUCCCUGACUGUUGUGGACGUGGGCAUGCCCGGAGAGGAGAACAUCUGCUACUCGGACGUUGCCCUCAUUCUAGAGCACUGCCCACAGGUGGAGACGCUGUCCACAUAUUCGUUUGUGGGCGCCUCCCUUAAGUUCAUCUUCGACAAUGUCGACGACCAUUUCAAGUGCCGGCUAAGGUACGUCCACGACACGGCCACGGAUGAGGCCACGCUGCAGGUGAUUAUGCAGACGUGUCCGCGACUGGAGACCCUCUACCUGGACUCGCCCAAGACAGGUUCCCUCCGGGCCCUGCACACACGAACCCUGCGAAAACUGAAGAUCAAUAGGUUUGUGGUGGCUGAGUUGUUGCCCCUCCUGGAGCGGCCCAUUGGCCGAAAUCUGCGCCAUCUGACCAUGAUCAAGGGCACUGGGAACUUGGAGCUGGGCAAGCUGGCACGGCUAUGCCCCUCGCUGAUCGAUCUCGACUGCUACUUGAUAGACAGUUUGUCGUACGGUCAGGCUCAGGCCAAAUUCCAGCAACUGGAGGGUUUGGAAAUCCUCAGCAGUGCCAUUAUGACGAGUUCUCUGAAAGCCUUUCUCUGCAGUUGCACGGACCUCAAGCGCAUGGCCGUGGAUACUGUGGACUUUACCGAUGAGGAUAUCAUCAGCAUGUUUGUGCAGCACGACUUCAAGGUUCUGGAAGAUAUUUGGUUCACUUUGGCGCCAGAACUCACCGUGCAAGCUGUCGAGUUACUCUUGGAGAGCUGCCCGGAACUGCAAUCUGUGGGGCAGUUAACGGGCUGGUCCCUGACGCCCGAUGAUUUGGCCCUCAUUCGUGGUCUUCUUAAGAGCGGCAACUCGAGCAUUGUACUAACGCCAAAUGGUUUUCUUGCUUGACGCCUACAAUAGAAGUUGUGGUAACGCCCACCAAAGCGGAUGUGGUUUUUGUAAACAAAAAAAUGUGUGUUGUGUAUUCUAAUUUGCUUGUGAUAUUAAUAAAAUAAAGUUUGUUAAAUUUUUAAAUUUUA